AUGCCCAGGGAGUCUAGCUCCAACUCCAACUCCAACUCCGCCAUCCCACUUCUCCCACCAUGCGCCUUCGCCUCCUCCGCCAUGGCUGCUGUGCCGCAAAGGACGCUUAACUGGCUGUACAGUGUCCUGAUCAGGGACCACUACGAUCCCCGACAAACCUACCAGGACCCCAACCGCACCUACUAUGAUGUAGCUAAUGUGCUCGGUCAAUACCCUUCGCUGGGCCCCAGGACUGAAGUCUAUACAUACGAGAACGGUUUCUCCGCCCUCCUCCUCCAACUGACCGGCACGUUGCCCGUGACGUUUCGCGGCACUGUUUACAAGUUUCCCAUCACACUAUGGAUCCCAAAUACAUACCCCAGAGAACCGCCAUUGGUUUAUGUAACACCGACGCAAGACAUGGCCGUUCGUGUGGGCCAGCAUGUCACUUUGGAAGGGAGGGUGUACCAUCACUACCUGGCACACUGGGCUGAAGCGUGGGAGCGAUCAUCUCUUAUUGAUUUCCUGAUGAUACUUCGUGAGGUUUUCGCCAAGGAGCCGCCGGUGAGAUAUAAACAGCAACAGCCUGUACAGCCGCGACCGCCUCCGCCAGCGCAGGUACAGGCGCAAGCACCUCCUCUACCUCCUCUGCCUCCGGAGCUUGAUACCUCAAUUAAUCGGCCCUCUCCUACCCAUAGCGCUCCGAAUGCUUCUCCGCAAGUACCUGCUCAGGUGCCACCACCGCCGCCUCCAAAACCCGGGCAGACACCUGAGCCACAACCACAGGGCACUCCGUCAUCAGGGCGAUACUCGUCUCCCCCUCCGCUGCCUCCACUGCCACCAAAGGAGCAUGAUUCCAGGAGAAUAUCGAUGCAACCACAGACAGGCAUUGGCAACCCUAUGAACAGGCCCCAGUACCUACCGGAUCGCAGUCAAGUUCCUGUAGUGGCAUCAGGACAGUAUCAGUUGCCCCAACAACCGCAGCACGUCUCUCAGUCGACACCGGCAUACCAGACUGGCCCAGCGCAGUUUCAAUCACCGAACGGUGUCCCUGUUACUCGCUCAGAUGACCCCAGUCGUGGGCUUCCGCAACGGAACUCUUACCACCCCGUACAACAAGCCCCUCCUGCGGCCUACCAGAGACCUCCGCCACAGCAGGUUCCACCGCAAGGUUCACCCCAUGUUGGACUUCAGCAAGCACAGCAACCAGCUCCACGUCCCAAGUCAGAGACGCAAGAUCUUCUUACCUCUCCGUUUGAGCUCGAGCUCCCCUCGUUCGCACCCACCGGCCCGGCGCCCCCAAUUCCACCCAACCCCGAGAAGGACGCCCUACUACGGGCCGUCUCUAAGACUCUAGCUGAAACACUGCAAGCAAAUGUCGCACAGUCCGAGACUGCUGCUCAAUCUUUGAUUUCUCAAUCCCACUCGCUGCAUGCGGCAAUUGCGACGCUUCAAGGCGAAGUAUCGUCGCUCAACACGCUCAACGCGACUCUUCAAUCGAACACCACGACUCUGCAGCAAUCUCUCAUGCGCGCCGACGGCGUCAUCGCCGAUGCGCAAAGCCGUAUAUCAUCCUCGGCCCCGUCAUCCAGCACUGAUCCCGUUACUUCGGGUCUCCCACCAAUCGACGAAGUUCUCGUUGCCCCAACCGUGGUCGGUAAACAAUUGUACGACUUGGUUGCUGAGGAACGCGGUAUUCAGCAGGCAAUCUACGCCCUCCAAGCUGCGCUGGUUAAGGGUGUCAUUGGGGUUGAAACCUGGUCACGUCACACGCGUGGACUUGCGCGAGAAGCGUUCUUGAAACGGGCAUUGAUACGGAAGAUCGGGAAAGGCAUGGGAUUGGAAGUGCAUUGA